UCAUCUUUAUCUUUAUCAAUCAUAACUUAGUAGCAUUUUUAAUCCCAAACAUUCAGGAUUCUCAAUGAUGUCAAUGCUGUCUUGGAUUCAUUUUCAUUUGAGGUGAGAUGUUUCGAGGAAGAACAUGUGCUUCUCUGCGUUUCUUACGCUAUCACCAUCUUCAACAGAUUCAAGUUGGUAUCUUUAACCCUAAACCCUCCUUUCUUCUUCACUCUCAUCCAUAUUGUUCCACCAUUGAGAUUGAGGCAAUGAAACACAAAUCAUACCGUGUAAGUUGCAUUAGGAAUCUGAAAAACGUUGAUUCUGCUUUGCGUUUCUUUAACAGAAUGGUUUCCAUGAACUGUUUGCCAUGUAUGAGCGACUUUACCUUAUUGUUUAGCUCUAUUGUUAAGAUGAAGCAUUACACAGUUACCAUUUCUUUAAUCAAAUACUUGUUCUCCUUAGGAGUCAAAUCUGAUAUCUUUAUUCUCAAUAUUGUUGUCAAUUGUUUGUGCCACUUGAACCACACGGCCUUUGGGUUCUCUGUGGUGGGGAUGAUGUUCAAAAUCGGUGUGGAGCCCGAUCUGCGCACGUUUAACACCAUUGUUAAUGGCCUUUGUAUUGAAGGCAAUGUGGAUCAUGCUAUGUGGUUAGCUGACCACAUGGAUAACAUGGGGUAUCAACCCAACAGCCACACGUUUGGACCAAUCUUACUUGGAUUGUGCAAGAAAGGCAACACGCCUGCUGCUAUUGAGAUUCUAAGGAAGAUGGAAGCAAGAAAUUUCAUACCACGAGUUUUCGUUUACAACAUAGUUUUGGAUGCCCUUUGUAAGGAUGGGCUAGUAGAUGAGGCUUUGAGUCUGUUCUUGGAAAUGACGACAAAAGGUAUACAACCCGAUACUAUCACUUACAAUUGUUUAAUCCAAGGACUUUGUACUUUCAGCAGAUGGCAAGAGGCUGCAUCUUUUCUGAGUGAGAGGAAGCUAAAGGGCAUUAUGCCGGAUAUGCAUACUUUUAAUAUUUUAAUGGAUGCUCUUUAUAAAGAAGGAAAGAUUUCAAGUGCUAGAGCUGUACUUGGUCAAAUGGUUCGAGUGGGAGAGGAGCCUGAUGUUGUCACCUAUAACUCAAUAAUUGCUAGUUAUUGUUCCCAAAAUCAAAUGGAGAAGGCCAUGGAAGUAUUUGAUUUGAUGGUUCACAAAGGAUGCCAGCUUGACUCUAACACUUACACUUCAUUAAUACAUGGGUGGUGCAAGAUCAAAAGCAUUAAUAAGGCUAUUUAUCUCUUGAAUGAAAUGAUCAAUAAAGGAUUAAAUCUAGAUGUUGCGACUUGGACUGCUCUUAUUGAUGGAUUUUGCAAAGUGGGGAAACCGUUACUUGCUAAAGAAUUGUUUCUUACAAUGCACGAAUUUGGCCAGCAUCCUAAUCUACAGACAUGUGGAACUAUAUUGGAUGGCCUAUUUAGAUGUCAUUUGUUUUCUGAUGCAAUAUCAUUAUUUAGAGAAAUGGAGAACAAUUUGGAUCUUAAUAUUGUAAUUUACUGUAUUGUGCUCGAUGGGAUGUGCCAUGCUGGAAAACUAGAUGAUGCACGAGAACUCUUCUCUUCUCUGCCAGGAAAAGGCUUAAAACCUAAUGACUAUGUUUAUACAAUAAUGAUCAAAGGUCUAUGUAAUGAAGGACUUUUGCUUGAUGCUGAAGAGUUACUGAUGAAUAUGGAAGAGGUUGGCUGCGUACCAAAUUCGUGCACAUAUAAUGUCUUUGUCCAAGGAUUACUGCGAAGAAACGAUGUUCCGAGGUCAAUAAAAUAUCUUCAGAUUAUGAGAGACAAAGGUUUUACAGGAGAUGCUACCACCACAGAAUUGCUUUUAGAUUACUUUUCUGCCCACAAAGGAGAUAAUGCUUUUCAAGAAUUUGUGCAGAAAAUUGUUUGAAUAUAACCUCCUGUUUCAUUCUUUGAAUUGAGGGUUUGAUGUUUUAGCUGUUGUGUGGCAUAUAUUCAAUAUUACUCGGUUGUCGAAUUUUGAGGCUUUAGAUUGGGAUAAUUUUGUCUCAACUUGCUGAAGCCUUUGAAAUUGAUCCUUCCAUGCUGUUCUUUGUUUUCAAAUUUCCCACAGCAGAGCGAGAAUCUCCUACUUGAGAAGGUUAUGCUUUGUGUUAUUCCAGUCAUCUAGUUCCUUUUAAGUUUUAUUCAUGUGGAUUUUUACUGAGCAAGGUAAAACAUAGGAUAUCAUGGUUUGUGACCA